AUGAAGCUCAAUGCCUGUGCCAGCAGCUACAAAUACUGUGCUUGCUCUGAUAAUGACACCAACAAUGGGUUCGACUACGCUGCGACUAAGAGUAACUGUACAAGCAUCAAAACUAGAUAUCUGAGGUGGUUUCAUGAAAACAACGGCGUCAAGGGACGCUACUACUGCAAGACAUUAGAUUCGUCCAAUUAUCCGUGGAAUAAUUGCAAAUGGAAAAGGGAGUGCAACAACGGCCACCCUGAGAACUGUUGGGGCAAGGUUCACUGGUAA